AUGUGGCUCCUCGAUACCGAGACGCAGCAACUACAUCCUGUUGAAUUCUUUGAGCAUAACCGACCACGAUAUGCCAUUUUGACGCACCGCUGGAGGGACGAUGAAGUCAUGUUCGCCGAUAUGGGUAAUCUCGAUCAAGCCAAGACCAAGGCUAGCUGGCCAAAGAUUCGCAUGACAUGCGAAAAGGCCCGCUCACAUGGCCUCAAGUACGCCUGGGUAGACUCAUGCUGCAUCGACAAGUCAAGCAGUGCUGAGCUCUCAGAGGCCAUCAACUCCAUGUGGCAUUGGUAUUUGGAAGCAACAGAAUGCUACGCAUUCCUUGAUGAUUGUGACUUAAGCUCAACCACCGUGCCGUUUGAAGAGCAGUUGCGGGCUUCGGAAUGGUUUCGUAGAGGCUGGACGUUGCAGGAACUUAUCGCACCUGGUCCAGAUUGCUUUUGGUUCUACGAUAAGAGAUGGAACAAAAUGGGAGACAAGUCUUUACUCUCGAGUCUCAUCGCCAACAUAACCUCCAUCCCGCAGAGGGUUCUUCUAGAUCCUCAUGCUGUAUCCACAUAUAGCAUUGCACAACGCAUGUCAUGGGCCUCCCAGCGACAGACUACGCGGAUCGAGGAUACAGCUUACUGCCUACUGGGUAUCUUCGGUAUCAAUAUGCCUUUGUUGUACGGAGAACGAGAAAGGGCAUUCUUGAGACUACAAGAAGAACUCAUCAAAAAAACUAGCGACCUUACUCUACUUGCUUGGGAAUCCUCUGACCAGAAUAUCACCGCCGAGUUUUGCGAUGUCUUUGCCUCUUCCCCAUCUGUAUUUGCCAACAGUGGCCAAAUCAAGCUAGCAUGGAAUGAGGAAUCACCCCAAUGGACUCUGACCUCCAAAGGAUUGGAGGUUUACGAUGAAAUCUACCAGACGUGGAUUGGGGGAGUUUUCAAAACUCUGUGGUGGAUUGGAAGCAUCGAUACUUCGACGAGACAAAGUUUUGAUGAUUUCAGAAAUAUUUAUGGCCGUCCUUUCGACAUUCAUCUCGUCUUUGUGGAGCUGGAUAUGAUCGGCCCUGGCAUAUAUGUCCGCACGAAGCAAAAUUUGCUCUCACUAUCAGUCGCAAAUUGGCAAAAGCCACAGUCGUUGGCCCACACCAGAUGCCAAAUCAACACGUUGAGCUUUCCAAACUUGGCUCAUUGGUACACAGACAUAUACAGGUUGUAUCUAAAAGUUCCAAGGGGGAUGCAGAUUGUGGGACUCUUUCCAGAGAAGUACUCUAACUUUGGCGAGAAGUUCUUAUUUAAAACAACCUUGCUGUACGUGCAUGUGAUCCUCAUUCGGAUCUCAGAGGGCGAUGACGUGAUCUGCCUGGUCGAUAGUCACAUUCACCCAAAAAGAACAGGACAUAUACUGCGGUUUCGUAUGCUUAACCGUCGCCAAUCACCAUUGCUCGCAGAAGCAAUCUUGCAACGGUUGAAUGUAACAGAGGUGCUUUCUCAAACUCUGACAUCUGUGCACCCUGAGGUUACAAGCUUGAUUGACUCGACGCUUGCGAAGGUUCGAGGUCAAACCUAUGUUGUUUCCGCAUAA